ACAUAUAAUGCAUACACACUAAAUCCCCUUUCUAGACUUGAAGUAGUUCUAUUAUAAACAUUCAUGGUCUUUCAAUAUUACCAAUCUUAGAUUCUGCAUAGUAUUACUAUUAUACAAUUAUGCUGCUUAUUUCAAGACUCACAUUCUUGACUUUUCUUCUUCAUCUUCUCUUUCAUUUCACGAAUGGAUUCAACACCACUGCUGCUGCAAAGGCUGAUGUGGGAAUCAUUCUUGAUCUGCAGACACCUCUUGGAAAGAUGUACAAAACUUGCAUUUCUAUGGCCAUCGAAGAUUUCUACUCCAAAAACACUUACAAAACGAUGAUCGUGCCUCAUUUCAAAGACUCAAACAGUGAUAUCGUCUCUGCAGCUUCUACAGCUAUAGAUCUGCUGAAAAACAGUGAAGUAAUAGCGAUUUUUGGGCCACAAAGAUCCAUUCAAGCAGAUUUUGUAAUAGAUAUUGGUGACAAAGUGAAUGUCCCAAUAAUCUCACCAGCAACCAGUCCAUCUCUAUCCCCUCAUGAAUCCCCUUUCUUCAUCAGAUCUUCAUGGUCCUCUGCUUCUCAAGCCAAAGCAGUUGCCGCAAUCGUCAACCACUUUGGUUGGAGGGAAGUCGUCUUAGUCUACGAAGACACCAACUACGGGAGUGGCCUCUUGCCAUUUCUAGCAGAGGAUUUGCUCGAGAGCAACGCUCUUGUCUCAAACAUGACACUAAUCUCCCCUUCCGCUGACAACGACGCCAUUCUCGAAAGACUGUUCGAGCUGAAGAAGAUGCAGACGAGGGUGUUUGUCGUCCACAUGCUCCCACCUGUGGCGUCGCGUUUCUUCAAGAUGGCACGGAGAGCCGGGAUGAUGGAGGAGGGGUACGCUUGGAUCAUCGCGGACGCGCUCACUAGCUUGUUGGACUCGGUGGAUUCCGAGACUAUUGAGGCCAUGCAAGGCGUGGUUGGCGUGAAGGCCUGUUCCCCGCGGUCCAGUGAAGUUCACAACUUCACUGGGCGAUGGAGGAAGAGGUUUCGUCAGGAGAAUAUGGAGCUUGAAACUUCAGAACUGAACGUUUUUGGUUUGUGGGCUUAUGACACCAUAGUUGCUCUAGCAGAAUCCGUGGAGCGCGUAGGUGUGGAUGCAUCUCCGAGAUUCAAUAAAACGGGCGUUGGUAGAGGUAAUUUGACAGAUUUGGAAGCAAUAGGGACUUCAAAUAGUGGUCCAAAACUUGCUCAUUUGCUCAAAAACUUCACCUCAAAAGGGUUGAGUGGGGAUUUCAUGAUCAAGAAUGGUGAAUUGCAGCCUUCUGUGUUUGAGAUCAUGAAUGUGAUAGGCAAUGGAGCAAACAGUGUGGGAUUCUGGAAGAAAAAUCAUGGGAUUUCCAAGAGACUGAAGAAGGGAGAUGAUAAUGAUGAUCCGAAGCAGAGGCUAGGAGCUGUGGUGUGGCCGGGGCAGACGAGCGAGGCGCCACGAGGGUGGGGAGUGGCAGCUGCGAAUGCGAGGAAGCUGAGGAUCGGAGUGCCUACGAAAUGCAGAACUAGCCAGCUUUUGGAUGUUUCAAUAGAUGAAGAAACAGGCAAAGUUAAUGCAAGUGGUUUCUGCAUUGAUGUGUUUGAAGAGGCCAUGAUAUCACUGCCUUAUCCAGUUCAAUUUGAAUACAUAGCUUUCAAAAAUGCUGAUCAAAAUAGCACUUUUUAUAACUAUGAUAGCCUCAUUCAACAACUAGCCCUCAAGAAGCUUGAUGGCGUGGUUGCAGACGUAACGAUGUCAGCUAAGCGAUCAAAGCAAGCAGACAUCACCAUUCCCUACAUAGAAUCUGGGAUCUCAACAGUUGUGCCAAUAAAGGAAAGCAAGGAGAGUAGUUGGGAUUUCAUGGAGCCUCUGUCAGGCCAGCUAUGGCUCACAACCGGAGCAUUCUUCGUCUUCACUGGCUUUGUUGUGUGGGUCCUCGAGCAUCGCUUCAACGAAGAGUUCCAAGGCCCCCUUCAUCAGCAAGUAGGGAUGAUCUUAUGGUUUGCCUUCUCCACACUAACCUUCUCACAGAAGGAGAAAGUGAAGAGCAACCUGUCAAGAUUCGUGGUGAUCGUAUGGCUGUUUGCUGUGCUGGUUCUAACAGCGAGCUACACUGCAAACUUGACAUCACUGCGGACAGUGAAGCAGCUAGAUGACACCACAGACUUUCGGGACAUAACAAUGAAAGGAGAAUCAGUUGGUUUCAAAGAAGGGUCAUUUGUGAGGGCAGCAUUGGAUGCAACUCAACCAGACGAAUCAAAGUUCAAAGUCCUCACCUCCUUUCAAGAGUAUGAUGAAGCACUCUCUUUAGGCACCACAAGAGGAGGAGUUGCUGCAAUUGUUGAUAACUUGCCUUCCAUCAAGCUCUUCCUCAAUGAUUAUUGCCACAAAUACACCAUGACUGGCUCAAUCCAUAGGAAUUCUGGCUUUGGAUUUCCGUUUCAGAAGAAUUCUCCGCUGGCCCCGGAUGUCUCAAGAGCAAUCUUGGAGAUGAAAGAGAAUGGAAAAAUGGAUCAGAUUUCAAGAAAAUGGUUCGGUGGAGGAGGCUGCGGCUCAAGCAAUGCGACAGCAGCCGACUCGAAAAGGCUAACAGUAAACAACUUCAAGGGGCUGUUCUUGAUCACUGGGCUAUCUUCAUUCUCAGCUCUAGCCAUAUUCUUGUUCAUAUUUUUCUACAAGAAUCGCCUUGUUUGGGGCUCUCACACCUCUCUCAAGCACAAACUUGCUCAACUUUUUGAUCGUAGGGCCAAGCAAUCAGAGAAGAGUAAGGCCAUGAGCUGCAUGUGUUGUGGAGAAGUCAAGUGGUCAACAAUAGAGCUUGUGGUGACAAGACCCUAAUUUACUAUAACUACAAUUUUAACUGUAGAGUUGAUAUUUUUUAAUAAUUUUGUUUGUGUAAUUAUUUUAAUUGUAUAAUAUGGUUUUGCAUCAAAUUUUCAAACAACAUAUGAGCAAGAA